UGUCAAUACACAAACAAUAAUCUCUAUCCACAGUUUUUGCCUGUCACGCUCACUCUUUCGCAACACAGAUUCUCCAAUUUCCGUUUCCCACUCUCUCCAAACCCCAUUACAUGUUCUCCGCGGAGGUUUUCGGCGUCUUCGCCGUCCAUGGCGCCGAUGUAUCUCCGGCUCCCGCCACUGCCACGAACACUAACUACACCAGCUGCUUCAAAAAACCCGCGCCUUCUUCUCAUAGCGUGGUGAACACUGUGAGGUUCCCAAAGGCUUCUUCCGCCACUCUCUGUCGCUGCAGCGUUGACUCAAAGUCCGCCGUCGGCGGUGAAGUUUUCUCGGUGACGCCGUCCGGCAAGUCUGACGUGGACUACCUUGGUGAGAGCACCAAAGGCGAUUUGAACGUUAAGUUGGAACACCUCGAAGCUUUUGGAAUUGAUGGUAAUGGCGCACUAGAAGGUCCAAUUGAAGAAGUGGCUAGGGCAGAGACUAUUGAAGCAGAAGAUUUGCUGAAAGACUUGGGUAUUCCGAGUCCUUCUUCAGCUAGAAAUUCACCUCGUGGAAUAUUCUGCAGCCGUACAUUGAACCUGCGGUCAAUUAGUGCCAUUGGAUAUGACAUGGACUAUACCUUGGUCCAUUAUAAUGUGAUGGCUUGGGAAGGGCGGGCUUAUGACUAUUGUAUGGAAAACCUUAGGAACAUGGGUUACCCUGUCGAUGGGCUAGCAUUUGAUCCUGAUCUGGUAAUUAGAGGUCUGGUCAUAGACAAAGAGAAAGGCAAUUUGGUUAAAGCUGAUCGAUUUGGUUAUAUAAAAAGAGCUAUGCAUGGCACUAGAAUGUUAUCUACUCGGGCUGUGAGUGAGAUGUAUGGGAGGGAACUGGUGGACCUGCGAAAGGAGAAUCGGUGGGAAUUUCUCAACACACUGUUCUCUGUGUCUGAAGCUGUGGCCUACAUGCAGAUGGUUGACAGAUUGGACGAUGGGACUAUACCAGCUGAUCUUUGCCCCCUUGAUUAUAAAGGGCUUUAUAAGGCUGUUGGAAAAGCUCUCUUCUGGGCGCAUGUUGAAGGUCGCCUUAAGAGUGAGAUCAUGUCUAAGCCAGAACAGUUUGUGGAGCCCGACCCAGAGUUACCAUUGGCACUUCUGGAUCAGAAGGAGGCUGGCAAAAAACUUCUGCUUAUUACGAAUUCAGAUUAUCUUUAUACGGACAAAAUGAUGCGGCAUUCCUUUAAUAGGUUUCUUCCCAAUGAUAUGGGUUGGCGAGAUUUAUUUGACAUUGUAAUUGUGUCAGCAAGAAAACCAGAGUUUUUCCAAACGUCACAUCCCAUGUAUGAAGUGGUGACUGGCGAGGGUCUGAUGAAACCUUGCUUCAAGGCUCAAACAGGUGGUUUGUACUCGGGGGGAAGUGCACAGAUGGUUGAAAAUUCUCUCAAUAUUCAUGGAGAUGAGAUAUUGUAUGUUGGUGACCAUAUUUACACUGAUGUCAGUCAAUCCAAGGUCCAUUUGCGAUGGCGAACAGCAUUGAUUUGUCGAGAACUGGAAGACGAGUACAAUGCCCUCAUUGGGAGCCGGAUACAUAGAGAAUCAUUGGUGGAACUUAUAAAUCAAAAGGAGGUUCUAGGGGAUCUCUUCAACCAACUUCGGCUGGCUCUACAAAGGCGGAGUCAUGACAGGCCUGCACAAACCCUUGCAGCAACUAAUAUGAAUGAUGAGGACCUUACUGAAAGCAUGCAAAAGCUAUUAAUUGUUAUGCAAAGGCUAGAUGAGAAAAUUGCUCCAAUGCUUGAGGCGGAUGGAGAGCUCUUCAAUUCAAGGUGGGGUUUUAUAUCCCGUGCUGGUCUCUGGGAUAAAAGUCACUUGAUGAGACAAAUUGAGAAGUAUGCUGAUAUUUAUACCUCUAGGGUGUCUAAUUUCUUAUAUUAUACACCCUUCAUGUAUUUCCGUUCCCAGGAACAGAACCUUGCGCAUGAUUCAUACUCACACUUAUGUUCACAAACUCAAUAUUAAGAUUUCUUCCUAGGGAGAAAUGGAGGUAAAAAUGGUGGAUAAAUAAGAGAAAUAAGAAUCUUCUGCUGUUGACAUUAUGAGCAUGUGUACUAUUCAUAACGAUAGCAAGCCCAUGAAGGACUUCAGCAGCAGUUUUCCCUUGGCCAAGUGGUCUUUAAGUUGGCCCCUAUGAUUGUAGGAGAGCCGCCCCAUGCAAAGGGUAAAAUAAAUUUGCUGGGGGUUUAUGUACUUAUGCUUCCAACUGAAUUCUUAUUCAGGCUUUAAUCUAUAUAUAUGGUGUAAUAUCCACAGCUUUGUGACUUGUGAGGAAUUGUUAUCCAAAUUUGUCUCCCUAUGGUUUUAAGUAAAUUAUAUAACUACCAUGAUGGAUGAUAGGUGUUGAGGAUUUCCUUUGUUAGUGACAUUGUCCUUUUCUCUUUGGGAGCAUAAAUAAGUAAAUUAUAUUGCUUGUUUUA